AUGGUCGAAGGCCCACAAUGCCACCCCGGGGACACCGACCUGGAGGACAAUGGCUACCGCGAUCCAAUGGAUCGACUCCACCACCACUGCCUCCUCGACCAACGCGACCUGCAGGACCUGAAUACCCCCGUGGGCCGCAAGGGCAGCCCAUAA